AUGUUAAUACUUCUGUUCCCUGUAUUACUCUUGUAUGUGUCGGCAGCGCAACGUCAUGACGAUCAUAUUUUCCCAGCUGAUGACAUUAUUGAGCUACCAGUGGGAAGAUUUCCGGAUCCUGACUGUGAAUAUUCCGUGUAUAGAAAUGGACCGUAUGGACCUAAGGUCAAUGGCAAAGUUCGUGUCGGCGACAUCGUCUUCCAUUCGUGGAAAUGUAGCUACGGAGCCCUUGACAGCAGUAUGUACUGCCUAAUGGUCAAUAACUGUACAGUAUCUAGCGAACAAGGCAGCUCUUCACAUAGGGUUCCGAUUUUGGACGAGUUUGGCUGCUCGCUUUUUCCUAACAUUUUACCACAUGUAGAAUAUCCAUCAGAUCUCAAUGGUGGACUGCUAGUGCAUGCAUUUUCUCUUGAUGUUGAUCAGGCUGCAGUCUUCUUCGAAUGCAAUGUAAAGCUUCUACUAAAGCUGAACGGUGUCUGUAGAAGGCCUACCUGCCCUCCGCUAGAGGAGCUAAGAGGAGUUCGUAGCCGCUUUCGUAGACGUUUUGCAAAGGCUUAAUCCAUCUCUACAACUUUCUGUGAAGUAGAAAUAAAUGAAAUGGGCGGAGAAUGUACCUCAUCAACUGCAUGCUCCGCCCAUUCAAAGAUACGUAGGAACUAACUAUUAUUUUCUCCUUGUAUAGCUCUAUUCUUCCUUAUUAUUGCUCUUUCCAUUUUACGGGUCAAAUAAAUAUCUUUGCUUG